CAGGUGAGAAAUCAAAAUGAUUCGACUAGCCGAAUCCGAGUGAAUUAUCGAACAUUGUAAAAAUCUCACCUUCACGUCCGAGCUGUUGAAUUUGUCUGUGGAUCUAAAAUCUAACUGAUUCACGUCAGAAUAAAGGAUUGAAAAGAUCGAUAGGCAAGACAUCGCGAUCGCACCAGUGCUCAGUACGGUGAGCUGUAGCUACGUCAAAGCUAUUAUUUAUUUGUUUAAUCAUGACGGAGUGAUUCUGGUGAUCAGAAAAAUAAGCUAUGUUUUUUUUAACGUCGCCCAAGAAUAAGUGAGCUUGUUGUCACCUUCAGCUGCGUAUCGUAUUGAGGUCUCGCGCACGUGUAUGUGUGUGUGUGUGUGUGCGUACGUGCGUGCGUGCGUGCGAGCGGCGUAAAUAAAGAUCAUAUGAUCGUUCGAGAGUCAUCAAAUCAGGCUGAUUCGUUCCAAUUCGUUCAGCGGAAAACAGCGGGAAUAGCGGGAUGUCAUCUACGACGAACGAAUGCUAUCUGUGUGCCUAAGAAAGUGCAGCGCGUGUCCCGCUUUACGUUUCCACGAGCGGCGUAUGCGGGCGUACGACGACACUACAUGAAUGAGCAACUUGUCUUUGUGUCAUCUGUCUCGCGUCCUUCAAUUCCGCGGCGGACGUAACUCUGACGCGUCAUGGCGAACACAGACGAGAACAUCACCUGCGGUGGCUUCGUGUUUUUCAAUAACUUUGAUUCGGCUAAUUUGGCCAAGGUAGAACCAGUGUGGAUACCGGACACUUUUGAGAAAGAUGUCUAUGAAAGCGAAGGUAAAUCGACCAAUACUUUGAAUAGCAAAGGCAUGUUGGAUUCAGUGUAUGAAUUCAAUUUAUGGACCAAGCAUGAUUGCCAUGGCACGCAAUUCCAAAGCAGUCUCAGAACUUGGUUUUAUUUUGGUGUCCAAUCCAAUCGUCCAAGCGUCUUGGUCAAAUUUAACAUAGUCAAUUUAAACAAGCAAGUCAAAAUGUUUAGUCAAGGGAUGUGUCCAGUCUAUAGGAUUGUGCCAGGCCAUUUGCACUGGGAACGGAUUCGCGAGAAACCUACAUACACUCUCGAUCAGAGAGGGACCGAUUUUACUUUAUCGUUUCUCUAUUCCACUCCAGACAAUUCAAAAGCUACUACUUACUUUGCCUUUACCUAUCCAUUCUCAUAUACAGAUUUACAAAAUUAUUUGAGAAGGAUUGAUGUGAGAAUGGAAAAGAGGAGUAUAACAUCUGCAGAUGACAUCUAUUAUCAUAGAGAAUGUGCAAUAAAAUCUUUGGAGGAUCGUAGAUUAGAUAUAUUAACAAUAAGCUCCUAUCAUAACAUAUCAAUGGAGAGAGAAGAGAGACUAAAUAACAUGUUUCCUGAAAAAAGUGAGGAACGGCCUUUUAAAUUUCGCGACAAGAAGAUAAUUUUUAUUAGCGCCAGAGUCCACCCAGGUGAAACACCAUCCAGCUUUGUUCUGAAUGGUUUCCUCAAUUUAUUACUAAAUCGGGAAGAUCAAAUUGCUAUAAAUUUACGUCGCCUCUAUGUGUUCAAAUUGAUACCGAUGCUCAACCCGGAUGGUGUUGCCAAAGGUCAUUAUCGAAUGGACACUAAAGGAAUAAAUUUGAAUAGAGUUUACUUGAACCCUUCUAAAGAUUAUCCUACGAUAUAUGCCGCAAGAAGCUUAAUAAAAUAUUAUCAUGAUUCUUAUCAACUAUCGAGCGAACUAACUGACGAUCUAUCGAAUAUACAUUUAGAAAUUAUGGACAAUGUAAGCACUAUAAAUUCGACUACUUCAAUAGAAAACGCUGUACGUGACACAACCACAAGACUGUUGCAACAAGUAACAUUUAUGUCAUUAGACGAAAAGAGUAAAUGUACUCUGGAUACUAAUAAAAAACAUUUAUUGACAUUGGACCAUCUAGACAGUGUAGCUAUAGGUGAAAGCGAAAGUUUAUCUAAAGAAAGUGCUAAAAAUGAUUUUAUCACGGAAAUUAAGACAAGUGACAAGCUAAUUUAUACAGACAUUGAUGUCAAUGGGAUAGCAAAAUCCUCGGAGAGUUCUGGGUUGUAUAUGUAUAUUGAUCUUCAUGGUCAUGCUUCAAAAAAAGGUGUUUUCAUGUAUGGAAAUCACUUUACUGAUCCAGAAGAUACUAUCACGUGCAUGUUGCUACCUAAGUUGAUGUCUAUCAACAAUCCACACUUUCAUUUCACGUCAUGUAAUUUUGCGGAACGAAAUAUGUACAUCAUAGACAAACGAGACGGUAUGUCCAGAGAAGGUUCAGGACGCGUAGCAGUGUAUAAGAUGACUGGUCUAAUACGUAGUUACACUCUGGAAUGUAAUUAUAAUUCUGGUCGUUUGGUGAAUAUGAUACCCGCUAGAAUUCGCGAUGGGGUGAAUAAAACUACGAACCGUAGGUUUAUUCCUCCAAAAUAUACGCCGGCAGUAUUUGAGGCGGUUGGAGCAGCAUUAGGUCCUUCCAUUCUCGAUCUCACUGGGAACAAUCCUAACAGCCGAUUGCCAAAUAGCCAAUAUCGUUCUUUAAAAGGAGUAAAAUCUCAUUUGAAACUAACAUAUGUGAGCAGUCUUUCUGCGCCCAGCAAGUCAAUGCGUAAGAGUAACGAAGGCGAUGUUGCACAGAAUAGUAUCCUGAAGGAAUUAGAGACAAGAUUAAACGACACGGUGACGGGGGCAAAGAAUGCUAUAAAAAACGAGGGUAACUUGAUAAAGAAGUGCAUCUUUCGCCGCGGCGCCUCUUUUUAUACGGCGAUGAAGAGGAUAAAAAGCGGUAAAAAACCUCGGCAGCCGCUCACGCGUCGCGCGCUGAAGAAUUGUGCCGGCAACGAGAACAGCGCGAUAAUCUGUGCGAUCAAGUCUGAUAUAGAGAUGAAACCGUUUUCAACGAAGACGAUUGAUUGUUACGAAUCUAAGGGAUCUAAUGCAGGAGCAACAGCCAACGGUGGCAUUGAGCCGCGUUUAAGCGCGAAUAAGAAGCCAACAGUAGCAAAUAGUUCGGCGAGAACGCGUGUUUCCUCCGAAGAAACAGCGGCGGUAAGGCACGGCGCGAAAAGAUUGAAAAUUGUGUCGUUCAUGAGGAUGUCUAAGCCUCGUUCCGAAGUUGGAGAAUGCUCGUCCUGCGCUGCGGAGGAGACCACCGCGAAAGUAUUCUCGAAUGUACCACGUAUUUGCGAUAAGCAGAGCGUUAAGAGAGCGUGCGACAGAGCCAGAAUUACUGGAUACGUAAAACCGAGCGAAUCUUUCAGACUGAAAAAAAUUAAUAAGACUGCCGUUAAGGAAAAUCCUGUACAUGACGAAAGCACAAAGCAAAAUCCUAAAUGAGCUCAGCUAGAAUAUUAAAGAUGAGUUACUGAUUCAACAGAAAUCAAUGUCAUUAUUGACUUUCUGUAUCUCUUUUCAAAGAGAUAUUUUGUAUACGUAUUAUAUGCAGGUUGUCUAAUGAAUUAUGAUAUGAAUCGAUGAGUUAAGAUAAAUAAAAGUAAACAAAAAAAUUGUAUGGCAAAUUUGACAUCCUGCGUAUAAUAUGUGAAAUAUUAAAUUUCCUAUUUGCAUUAUUUUGUGAUAUACAACAUGAUGUGAUAUUGACUAUGUAUUCUAUUGUAUACAUUAGUUCUGAUUUUUUGCAAAGUGAUAUAUACAUUGCCUCUGACCGAGAGGCAAGAAACUUAAGUCAUAAAGAAAUGUAUAUGUUAUAUUACUAUAUAUAUAUAUAUUAUUUAUUGGAUGCAUAUUGAUAAAAUAUCAAUUUUCAAUUAGUUAUCGAUAUUUAUCAUUUAUAUACGUAGAACGACACUAUUUUUAUUUUUAAAAUAGAAAUGAGUUUAUUUUUGAAACUUGCGUUUGCUUAAAAAAAUAUGUUUUUAGCUAAAAUUGUUGUACUUAGUCAUUGUUAUUCCGAGAAAAGAAACUGUAUCAAUGGCAAAAUUACGCGACUGUGAGAUUGCUUUUCAUAAAUUUACAAAAUAUAUUUCUGUUUAGACGUUUUCUCGAAUAAUAUAAGUUUCGAAGAUAACUGCAUAUGUCCAUUUUAUUAAUGUAUGCUGACAAAAAAGUUGUUAACUUGAUUAAAUUUCUUCAAAUAUUUAUAUUUAUAUAUUUAACUUGGUAUUGGUAUUGGUAUUGGUAAUGUAUUAUGACUGAAGAGGACUAAGUAUAGUCGAAACGUUUCUUUAACACAGUGUUAUUAGUCGCGUUUAUAAUUAUAUAAUGUUUAUCUAAUUAAUUAUAAUGUAUUAAGAAAAUUUGUCUUGACUCGAUACAUUGACCUGUUUAUCAUAUUAUAUUUAACUUGACUAUAUACAUGAAAACUAGAAGUGAAGAAAUUUUGUCAACUUUUAUUUUCUUAAUGUAGAUUAACUUUAAUAAGUCUCGAUUUAAAGAAUAAUUUAAAUUAAGAUUAAAGUUUAUCUACAUUGCUAGAAAUGGACAAUAAAUUGUUCUGUAGUUUAGUUAUUUGAAUAUAUGCUGUUACGUUUUUUGUGUCCCAUCUUAUAAUGUUCCACAUACAUAUAGAAGUAGCUGUUAUUUAUGGGCAAAAAAUUUGUUGGAGAAAUAAAAAAUAAUAUAUACACACCAA